AUAAAUUGCAGCGGACUCCUAGCCGCAUCAUUAGACCCAGAGUAGUGACAGCAUUCGAAAUGUUUACGUUUUACAUUGUCGUACUCUUCGCUCUGUUUGCGCCUUAUUCGUUCAAGAGCGUAAGUACGAACGAAGUCAUCCCUUCCGACGACUGGCGAAAGCCACCUGACUCUGCGGAGAUGAUUGCACAAAGGGGCUACCCGGUGGAAGUGCACCACGUCGAAACUGAAGACGGAUACAUUCUUAAAGCGUUCAGAAUCCCUUUUGGAAAAAAGAGCGUUGGUGGCAAGCGGCCUCCUGUCAUCUUGCAACAUGGAAUUUUGUGUUCAUCGGAUUGUUGGACGAUUAUGUCACCAGAAAAAGGAUUAGCUUAUAGGUUGGUGGAUUCUGGUUAUGACGUUUGGGUGACAAAUAACAGAGGAGCUCCGUACGGCAAAAAUCACACGAAGUUGACCCCUGACGACCAAGAAUUUUGGGAUUACAGUGUACAUGAACUGGGAUACUAUGAUGUGCCAGCACUAAUAGACUACAUAUUGAAACAGACUGGAUAUUCUAAACUGACAUAUAUCGGCCAUUCACAAGGGACGUCCCAGUUUUUCAUCAUGGGAUCAACAAGGCCAGAAUACAAUGACAAGGUCAAUGUCAUGGCUGCGCUUGGCCCUGUAGCAUACCUCGAUCAUACCCAUGGUUUGAUUAAGCUACUUUCUUCAAUGAGUUCGUUUUUGGCUAAACUUGCAAAAUUAUUCAAUAUGCAUGAGGUAUUGGAGCAUCCUUUAGUUUUUCAAUUGGCAAAUAAAGUAUUAUGUGGACCAUAUUCGGUUUUGAGACCACUAUGUAAUGAUGUGUUUUUCUACAUAACUGGUUUUGAUUCUCCUCAAAUGAACAAUACCAUCGGGAGUGAAAUAGGAAACUAUUGCCCUACUGGAGCAACGAUUAAACAAUUAAAUCACUUCGCCCAGCUUACCCACAAUGGAAAAUUUACAAUGUUUGAUUAUGGCACAGAAGAAAAUAUGGUAAAAUACAAUUCCUUAUAUCCUCCUCAGUAUGAUUUGACGAAAGUAAAAUGCCCUGUUGUGCUUUAUCAUGGACAAAAUGACUACAUCAGUUCGCCUCCAGAAGUUGUAAGACUUAGCAAAGUUCUACCCAAUUUGGUCAAGAGAGAUUUAGUUGAUUAUCCAAAGUUCAACCAUCUAGACUUUAUGUGGGCCAUCGACAUCAAUAAAUUAUUGAACAAUGAUGUUUUGAAGACUAUAAAAAAGUUUCAUGGUUAAUGAAUGUUAAUACGGCUUGUUUAAAUAAAUGUGUAUUUUAAAAA